UUUUAUACAUAGCAGCGCACAAAUCGGCGUAGCAGUUCAGUACGCGUACAAGUCUCGUGGGUAGCGGAUGCCAGCAGAGAACACUGGACGAAAACACGUUCGCUUCGAGCGCUUAGCAGAUUUUUAAAUUUCACACAAACAAGCAGCAACUUCAAAGACACCAACAACAACAACAACAAGAACAAUACUGAGAUAGACAACAACCAGCAGAGGAAGUCAAUAAAACGAAUUUAAAAAUGGCGGCCGUCAACGCAACACAAACGGACUAUUGGAACUUUCUGUUCAUCGAGCUGGCAGAUCCCCGCACCAAUGACUGGUUUCUGAUCAAAUCUCCACUGCCUCUGCUCACGAUUCUGGGCCUCUAUUUGUACUUUGUGCUGUCGUGGGGUCCGCGCUUUAUGCGCGACCGCAAACCCUUCAAGCUGGAGCGCACGCUGCUGGUGUACAACUUCUUCCAGGUGGCGCUCAGCGUCUGGAUGGUGUACGAGGGCGUGGUCAUUUGGCAGUAUUACAGCUGGCGCUGUCAGCCGGUCGAUUGGUCGCGCACGCCCAAGGCGUACCGUGAGGCGCGCGUCGUCUACGUUUACUAUCUGGCCAAGAUCACCGAGCUGCUGGACACGAUCUUCUUUGUGCUGCGCAAGAACGAUCGACAGGUGACAUUCCUGCACGUCUACCAUCACACGGUCAUGCCCAUGAUCAGCUGGGGCACAUCCAAAUACUAUCCGGGCGGCCAUGGCACCUUCAUUGGCUGGAUCAACUCCUUUGUGCACAUCAUCAUGUACUCCUACUACUUCCUCUCGGCCUUCGGACCCCAGAUGCAAAAGUAUCUCUGGUGGAAGAAGUACAUCACCAACCUCCAAAUGAUCCAGUUCUGCUGCGCUUUCAUUCAUCAAACGCAGCUGCUGUACACCGACUGCGGCUAUCCGAGAUGGUCCGUCUGCUUCACCCUGCCCAAUGCUGUCUUCUUCUACUUCCUGUUCAAUGACUUUUAUCAGAAGUCCUACAAGAAGAAGCAGGCGGCGGCCAAGGCCGAGGCUGAUGCCAAAGAGAUCACUAACAAAAACAACAAUAACAAAGACAAAAACAACAAUAACAACAACAACAACAAUGAAAGCUGUGCCAAGAAUCUGAAUGCCGCCAUAGCCACAAAUGCAGCACAGCAAAAGAAGGUGCUGUAAGGCAGCUAGGAAAAUACUCUAACUCAAUAAUCUCGAGCCCCUCCAACACACACACACACACACACGCACACACAUGCACACACAGAUAUACUUAAUGGAAUUCACAUAGAAUACAUUUUUUUUUAGUUAUAUAUUUGGGAACUCUAAGUCUAUGGAGCGGGCGUUGUUCUAUGCACAACUUUGUUGACUAAUUUGUUAAGUAAGCCGCCGCCAAAAAAAAAAGAAGAAGAAAAAAAAAAUUUGAAAAAAAAAACUGAAC